AAUCAACAUAAAGAAAUAAUGUUAUAUAUAUUUCUUAUAUUUUGUUAAAAUUGUUUAUAUUAGUUAGUUAUUACAAGGAAGUGGAAGAUAUAAAUUUGUUAUAAUAAUAUUUUAUUAAUAUUUGUGACAAAUGGAUACUGCUAAUAUUGCAAUCAAGAAAACAUCAUCUACCAACUCUAAUAUUUUAUCAUCACAUCAUAAAUUUUUAUGGGAUGAAAAUAAUGAUGCUGCAAUUUCCUUAGAAAAUCAAAUAGCGAAAAACUAUCAUGAUCAACUUUUCAAAGAAUAUUGUAUAAGUGACAUGACGCAUUACAUGACUAAUCAGAUAGCACUUAGAUGGAGGACCAAGAAGGAAGUAAUUUCUGGAAAAGGUGAAUAUAUUUGUGGUGAUAAAAAUUGCAAUUCGAUCAAAGGAUUAAAAUCAUGGGAAGUAAACUUUAAAUAUACUGAACAUGGAAAGAAAAUGAAUACCUUAGUCAAAUUAAAUAAAGUAAAAAAAGAAAGUAAUAUUUAUAAAAAUGUAGAACUAGAAUCAGAAUUAAUUAAAGAUUCAAGUAUGAAAAGUUCCAUAAAUGAAACUUGCAAAGAUCAUAAUGAUUAUAUUUCUAAAUGGAAUAUUGAAAGUUUUAAGAAGAUAGAUAUGAAUAUAAGUAAAAAAAUUGAUGUCUAUUUACAAGAUUUAUUCCAAUGGAUCGAAACUACUUAAUUUUAAUUUGUUAUUUUUAUGAAAGA